AUGCCACUCGAAAACGCUAUCGAACACAUUCUCGUCCAAUCCAGCACAUGCGCUUCUAUCAAACUGAAGGACGGCUCGCCUAGCAUCCCUGAUCAACGUCAACCUCUUGCUGCUUCCAAUCUCAUGCGGGACGCCGAUAUUGACGAAUGCAAAGUCUUCCAUGUGAGCAACAAUGAACACGACGUCAAGAGAUACACAGAAGCAGUUCGCAAUACAUCGGCUAGCUCGUCUGUACAAACAGUGGAACGCCUAUUGACAGCCCUGGCAGCACUUAACAAAAUAUGUAUGAUUCCUGAUAUUGCUGCUGCUAUGGAUGAAGCUCAAGAGGAGUAUGGCUCAAGGGACGCUAAUAUCCAGUUUCUCAGGACCAGUUGUGAUGAGAUCAGGGUGGAUAUGGAACAGAUCUCUCGUGCAAACAAUGCCCACCAAUCCAAGGAAAAGCAGAAAAUGGAAAAUCAGCGGUUGAAGAAGAUACCCAGACAUGAUGUUGAUCACCAACGACAGCAGGAAGAAAGCGAUUUGGAGCGUGCUAUUGCUUUGAAGGAACGCGAGUUGGAGAACUAUAGACGCGAGAGCGGACGGCAGCGACAAAGGAUAUCAGAAGCAGAAAAAGAGCUUGACGAGAAUCAGGAAAGCAUGGAGAUCGACCAAACAAGCCCAUCCGUGACACUUCAGGACACUAUUCGUGAUCGGCUAUACAUGAAUAAUGAUUAUGCUGCAAGCUUAGAGGCUGCACGACAUGAACUCGUCAAUCAAAUUUUGUCUGAUCGCGUGUCGGGAGUGGAUCCUGAGAGGAAAGUUAUGGCCAAAGUCAUCGACAUACUUCAAAGCCAGCAUGACCAUUGCAUGCCCCUACAAGAUCUACGCGCAUCGGUUUCGGAUCUCGUUGCAUCACUUGGUUUGCGAGAAGGAGCAGGAUCACAAGCCAUCUACAAGCUGAGCGUGAAUAGCUUAGUGUACAUUGAUCGUAGCGAUCCGGAUGCAGCUCUAGUGAAGCUUCAAUAA